AUGGUGCCGCCGAGAUAUUGCCCGCACCACUCCACCUCGGCGCAGCGGACGAAGUCGCAACCGAGGAUGUGGGAGUGCACCGGGUGCGGCAUGGAGGUCCAGACGAACUACAGCGACUUCAGGCUCUGCGGCCCCUGCUCCGACAAGGAGAUGCGCUGCAUGAUCUGCGGCGCCGACGCGCCUUGUGCGGGCACCUACGUCCCGGCGAGCUCGCUCCGCGCGGGGUCGGGCGCGGGGGCUGGCGCGCCAGCGCCGCAGCUGGCGGCUCAGCAAG